AUGAUCUUCGCAGCCCGCCAGCUUCAGGAAAAAUGCCAGGAGCAACACUGUGAUCUCUAUGUGACCUUCAUCGACCUGACCAAGGCCUUCGAUACGGUCAGCAGGGAUGGCCUCUGGAAGAUCAUUGAGAAAAGACUGCAGGCAGUGACCAAGGUGAAAGAGACCAUAGUCAGGGACCUCCUUUUCGCCGAUGACUGUGCUCUGAAUGCCAGUUCAGAACAAGAGAUGCAGCAUGAAGUCAACUGCUUCUCCUCAGCAUGUGACAACUUCGGUCUUACCAUCAGCACCAAGAAGACUGAAGUCAUGCAUCAGCCUGCGCCUGGCAAGCCAUACCAAGAACCGCAUGUCACGGUGAAAGGGCAGAAUCUGAAGGCUGUUGACAAUUUCACCUACCUGGGCAGCACCCUCUCACGCGGAGCCAGUGACGACAAUGAGGUUGGCAACAGAAUUGCCAAAGCCAGCGUCGCUUUCGGCAGACUUCGACAGAACCGCGUCUGGGAGCGCAGAGGCCUCAGCAUGUCCACUUAG